AUGGUGAUACUCUCCCUCUUGCUCUCUCGAUCUCUGUGUAGCAACUUUUUUUUCUUCUUGAAUGUCUCAAGGUACUUCUUUGAUAUGCCAGGAAUCAUCUGCCGCUCUGGAAGACUGCCUGAAACUCUUAAGAGGAGAACGCGACGAGCAGAAGCUUGCUGGCCUCUUGCUCGUGACUAAAUUAUUUCAGGCAAACGACAAUGCAUUGGUUCUCAAGGUUUAUGAGGCUGUUGGCACUCGGUUUCUUGAACGACUCUUGAUGACCGGUUAGCCGUCAGCUUCAUGAUCAUUCUUUCAAAACUUGUUGUUUGAUUCCAUGCAGAAGGCAGUACUUGCGAUCCUUAGUUUGUGAUUUUUAAAAUUCACAGGCACCGGGACGGGAUCUUCUCAAACCAAAGGAGGGGAGGACAAGGCAGCAUACCUGAGGCUCUCUGUGACAGUACUUGCAGCAUUCUGCCGUGCCCCAGAAAUUGCAUCUUCAAUGGACAUGAUCUCAAAGGUUCCUCUAUUGCUGCAAACUCUCUCCAAAUCGUAAGUUUUCCAUUGAUCUGACGAUGAACAUGCUGGCAUAAAUGGUGGAGUUAUUUUUGAAAACUUGUCAGUUUAUUUUUUGGUUGCGUGUGCAGCGCAAGUUGGCCAAAAAUCCUUUCAAAGCUUUUUAGAAUUGCACUAAAAAACAAGGCUUUAGCUGUCACUUCAUUCCACUUGCAAGAUUAUAUGAAAAAUCUUAAUGGUCAUAGGCAAGUGCCUUUCCAGUUCAGCUUCCAAGACAUGCCUUACAAUUAAAUACAUACUUUUCUUUAAAAUGGAUAGACCAUCCUAAUUUGUUUGUUCUGUUCACCUCUCUUCGCAGGGUUGCCAUAAUUUCGGAUGGAAAUCAUACCAGGAUAAACAAUCGGAAUAUCUUCUGAUUCUAAAAUCAUAAAAUAAUCUCUAGUUAUGUACAAUUUUACCCUUGCCACAAGAAAAGGAAACUACAUAGGUCAAGGUAACUGACCAAGUAGGAAACCGACAAACUAGAAAACUGACCAACAAAAUUCACAAACGUCAGCUGCUCAUGCCAUGAGGGCAUGGACUGGUUAAAGCUUACAUUCUUGAUCACUCUAUUAUUUCGAUGUGUAGUUCAUUAGUCGUGCAUGUCAGAUCAUGCGCAAUUUGAAAAUCUUGUAAAAUCAAUCCUUCUAUGUUUGCAUCUAUUUGACAGACCACAUAGGUGCGCUAAUAUUUUAAUAUAUAGCAACCACUGAACCACCUCUUAAAAAUAAGACAGGUGCCAGAGUGUUCCAGUUCAAAGCCUUCUGUAGUCUGUGCAUGGUGAGAAAAAUACCAGAUGAAACCAACUAAAGGUUCAUAGAAUUGCAUUAUCUUCAGAGAACUAAGGGAUUUAGGGAGGUCAUAAAUUUUUAAAUAUCUGAUUACUUUGUAGUUCUUCAUGAGGUCGUCUCUCCAUGUUCCUAAAGUAUCCUCACAGUUGUAUGUGAUAUGCAGAUCAGACCUCUUCGUUUGUGAGGAAUGUUAUGAAACUUUGUUGUUAGUUGCAACUACAUCGGACGAUGGAUUCACCAGAUUGUACGAGUCUGGAGUCAUGAGAGCUCUGGCUUCUAAUGUAUCUAGUUUACCUGAUGGUAUGAAAUAUUUCACCCUUCUAUUUUCUUUUCAUGUUUGUUUUCCUUUUUCCAUUAUAUGUUCAUCUUCUCAAAUAGUUUGCAGAACCAUGUUUUAAGUUUAUUGUAUUAGUUUAUCAAUUCAAUGCGAUGUUGAUAGACCUUCAUGUCAGUCUAAAUUAAUCGAUAUUUUCUUUUUACCCUAUUUUUACAUGGUAGGGAAUUAAAAUUUUCUUCCUCGAUAAGACACAUUCAUUGGUGGUCCAGACACAUGUUUACUGCUUUGGAGGCCCAUAUGUAGCUCAUACAAUCGCUUGUACAAUUGGGUGGAGGACUCUGUCCUACAGAACAAUUUAGUCUCUCCAUGUAGCCAGGAUUUUCCAAAGGUAGAUGAUGUACUCUGCCAAAAUUCGAUUUUAUACCUCGGUAUUAUCAAUAUAUAUUACGUUAAACCUAUAUAUUUUUAAUUGUCACACAAAAGUGUUCAUCAAUAUGCUAACGUUGGGUGACAAACCCAAUUGGUAUGGGAAGUCUUAAAACGAAAGCUUACCUACUGUCUUUGAUUCAGCUACAUAUUCUGCAAAUGUGAUUGUAGCCUGAAGACUUGUAUAUUGGAGAAGUAGUGUACUUAUCACACUUUGUGGAACAGUUUAUUCACAUUGGGAGUGGGAUACCAUGUUCAGUGCCUAUUAGACAGUGCACAUAUAUCACCCAUCCUUUUCUUUUGGAUGAGGAAAAAUGUGACAUAUUAUGCUUUCAAGUGCCAGAUUUAGUCUCUAGCGAACAGAUAUCGCAGUUGCUGCAAUGGACGAAAACCAGCAUACUUAGAAGUUAAUACAAGAGAUAGAACAAAGCGAGUCAAAAAACUCUUAGUGGAUCUAAUGAACAUCAAAACGCUCAAAUGUUCUCUAUAAAACCAAUGUAUACUUGCUUUCUUGUGUGAGGAAGUUUUUAAGAUUGAAUUCUUCAAGUUUCUAGAUAUACAAAAUGUUGUUCGCACUAUUCCCUCCUAUUUUGGAUGCAUUGACCAUAAAUUUAUUUUAAUCUUAAGAUAUUUGUAGUCAUCCACAUUUUCUGGCCAUCAGGGUUCUUUUUGGGCCACUAUAAUCAAAAAAGCUGAACGACUACUCGUAUUGCAUCAGAAAUCGUGACUUGCAAUGGAAGGGUCCAUUUAAGAUUGCCUUGAUUGAGUGACAAAUGCUUGGAGUUGCUCGGAUCAACAUGUCUCUCUCUUGAUCUCACCUUCUUACCUUUUGGUACAGAGAAGCUGGACAAGGUGAAGGUGUGGGACUUACCAGUGUUGAACUGCCUCUAUAUUGGUAUUGGUAUUGGGACGUUCCCCUUUGGGUAACCCCCUUGGGUUGUUGGGGCGACUGUAGAUAAACCAACCUCUGUAUGACAAAAUGGAGGGCUUUACAGGUGACUUUUUGGGACGUCCAACUUUGCAUAGUUCUUCAUUCCUGGCUCUCUAAUUGAGAGUGUCCUGAUUUGAGCUCUCAUUGAGGACUUUUCAAUCAACCCAUUCAUUGACUGAUGCUAUGGUCACCUGUAGAUCUUUCUUCUUGUCACAACCCUUACUAAGGCCAACGAAUAAGAUCAGAGAUGAAGCUGAAUGAAUCGUCCUCCUUUCUCAUGUUUUUAUAUUAAUAAUUCGUGAGACUAAUUGCUUCACAAUGUCACACACAAACCAUGUAUUUAAAUCGCUAUUGAGCCUUCUGAGCCAUUGAGUGUGGAUUCUUGGUAACAACAGGUCCUUUCAUCCCUUCAGCAUCCCAGAUUCUAUGUUGAGACGCUACUCUUAUGAAGCUUCUAAUUUUCGAAUAAAAAAUGGUGGGCGUUUAUAUCGUAAGCAUUAGAAUUGUUGAAUCCACCGGUAAGAAUAUGGUAAGAACAUGGUAAAUGUUGCACAGAGAAGACCCGACCUAAAAAUAAAAAACAUGUCCGCUAAACUCUUGUUUUUAUCUUUUACCUUAGACUAGAGUUAAACCUCUUACACCUCAGGCAUCAUUAUCUGCUUAACUCUUGAUUUUUAUGUUUUACUUUAGACAAGUGCUAAUGUUCCAUUGUAAUGACUUUGUUAUAUCCAAUUAAAGCUAUUUUUCUGCUAUGAUUUUUUGUAGGGUCUCGAUCAAUGGAAAUUGCAGUGAAACUUCUGCAACUAAUAUUGGGGAAAUUGCCUGCUGAACUAUUAGUUGGUGACUAUCAAUCAGAGAUGUCCAACUUGGUAUUCCGGAAUCUGCUUUUCUUUUCUCUACAUAGGCAUUCCUUUUUCUCUCAAUUAACUUGUGGACGUUCAUUGUAUCACAAGUUUCUUGUUUUUUGGUUCAGGUGCCAACUAUAGCAAGACAGUUCGCUGUUCUACAUAGUCCUCUCAAGUUUGAUGCAUUGCACGUGCUUGCUACCAUUUUAUCAUCGAAGGGUUUAGUAUGUGAAUACACGUAUUUUUAUCUUUAUCACCAGCCUAUGUUCUCUUGUUUUCAGCAACUUCUUCUUGUAACGAAAGUGACUAUUCAUACAUGAUGAAUUGAUGGUUAUCUAAUUGCUACUUCUCAUAUCUAAUUGAUUUCUACCUUAUUUUUCUACUCAUUUUAAUAUUACUGUUUUUAUGUUUAUUGUUGAUGUCAAUUCAAUUGAUAAGUAACGAAUCUGGAUUGGUCGGAUGAUUUGUGUUACCUUGUUAAGGAUUCAAUUACCAAAAUAUGAUGGAGUAAAAUGUAAUUUAAUGCUCACGACAUACAUUCCAAUUGUUUGUAUACCUCAUGCUAUUUUGGUAUUUUAUUAAUGUCCUAAACAGCGGGACAAACCCAAGGAGGAUAUUCAAAGGAAAAACUCAAAUCAUAUUCACAUCACAGAUGGCUAUUAUACACGAGUACCAGGGUCACAAAACAAGCAGACUACCUAACAACUAGGAAACCAAUGAACUAGGAAACGAACCAACAAACUAGGAAACGGUCCAACUAAGAACCAAACUCCUAAUUAUACAUUCAUUCUCAUACUCCCCCUCAAGUUGGUGAAUAGGCAUUCUCCAUUCCUAGCUUUGUUACUGAAAUACUGUACUUCAACCCUUAGUAAGCACAUCCACAAGUUUGUCAUGUAUAGACACAUAAGGUGUGCAAAUCAAUCCGCUCUCCAAUUUCUACUUGAUGAACUAUAUGUCAAUCUUGAUAUGUUUUGUUUGACCGCAUUGUACUGGGUUGUGAACUAUGCUAAUUGCAAACUUGUUGUCACAAUAGAGUCUCAUUAGACUUUCCCUGUUAAUCUUUAAGUCUUCUUGGACAAGAUUCAAUCAGAGCCAUUGCUUAGAAUUCAGUAUCUGCCCUUGAACGUACUAGCACAUGUUGUUUUCUGCUCCACGCCAUGAAAUUGCCACCAAGAAAGGUGUUGUGUCCAGAAGUUAAUCUCCCCUCAACUACUAUCCAUGCAUAAUCAACAUGUGUAUGCCUCAAGUACUAAUCCUCCAUUUCUCUUGAACAUAAUACCUUUUUCUGUUGUCCCUUUGAGAUACUGUAGCACUCAGUGAGCUCCUGCAGAUGAACUUCUUUUAGGGCUUGCAUGAAAUGGCUAAUCACACUGACUGCAUGUGCUAUACUUGGACGUGUGACUCAGAUAAAAGCAUCUUCCUACCAGGUUCUAACACAUUUCCCUGUCUACCACAGCAUCCACCCCUGCCUUUCCAAAUUUGAGCUUCAGAUCUAUAUCUACCACAUAUUUCCGUAUUGGACUACUUGCUAGUUUGUAUGCAGUUUUGCCUGUUAUGCUAAAAAGAUUCAUAACAUACUUCUGUUGGGAGAUUACAGUGCCCUGCCUCAAGUGAGUUACUUCAAUCUGAGACAAUAUUUCAUCCUCUCUAAUUCCUUGAUCUCAAACUCCCAAACCAGACACUGACUUAGAUGUUCUCUCUCUUAUCCUUAUUCCCAGUCACUAUUAUGUCAUCUUCUUGCACUCUGCGAUUUUCCGUGGCAUUGAUAUGGUGCCAAAUGAUGGUGUAAAAUCUUCUUUCUAGUAUUCUGUGAUGUUGCGAUAACAUUUAAUUGAUGAGAUAUUACCACAUCAUAUGCAUGGGUGUGUGAUUUUAUUUCUUAUAACUUAUAAGGUUAAUUUUUUCAAUCAAGAAGGGUAUCUAUGCAACUAACACGUCAGGGAUGGCAGUCUACAAUUACAGGGAUGUACAUGAAGAUAUACAAGAAGAGAGCGUUUGGCUCUUGUUAACGCAUAAAGAUCAUACAUGUCUCAGAGUUGUGCAACUAUGGGUCUAAACACUUGGCGUAUUAUUAGGUCAAUGUAUUGAUGGAAAUUUCCGGUGGAACAUCAUGUUGGAUUGUAUGAACUGUCGUCUUUGCUAAUUUAAUUGUCAACAACAUGUGAAGGAAAUGAUGUUCAUAUCAUCCUGCCCUGGAUGUUGUUCAAGAGAUUCUUGUCUCUGUGAUGUGUCUAUGUUGAGUUUCUUAUAGCUUUUGCCAGUUUUAAACUGGAUGCAUGUCUGGAUGGAGUUCCAUUUUUUUGACUGACAUGAUACUCGGUUUCGUGUCUCCGUUCGAUUUUUCCAUAGAUUUACUGUACUUCAUAGUGACUAUUGCUACUUUUGUCUCUCGUUUUUUUACUUUUAACGUUUAUUUUUCUCAUUCUAUUGCCCAUGUGAUAAUUAGAAGUUGUUAUAUGUAGGUUUAACUUACCUUUCACGUCGUGUCUCACAGGAUAUGAAACAUGACAUGCUGAGGUCAUCACAUGAUAAAAUGUGGCCCACUUAUGUGCGUAUUGGUGUUUUGGCUAUUCUACAGAAUCGUGUUGGUGAGUUGUGCUUGUAUUUUUAGAAGGUUCUGCGGUCGCAUAUAUUUUUAGUUUCAAAUUGUGGAGGAUCCUUUAUUGCAAUUCUUCUUGCCUAAUGUUACACUGGGAACAUAGGACCACGAUGCUCAUUAAGAUUUCAAUCAUAAAUUGUAAUCUCCUGUAAACCAUACCCCGACCUGGUAUGUGGUAUCUUCAGAAUUUUCAAAAACUUUCAAAGAGGAUAAAAGGGUAUAAUUUCAAUACCAUAGAUUGCUUUCACAUGUGUGGUGUUGUCAUCCCAACCUGCGUCAGCCCAAGGAUUAAAACUUUCCUACGUUGGAGGUAUAAUCUCUGUUCCCUCCCGUCUACCAGUCUGUUCGGAAUGGCUCUUCAAUUUUAUUCAUGAGCGACUGAAUCGAGCAACAUCAACUUUGAUAUCAAUUGAAAUUAGUGUUACAGUAUUAGGAGAUUAAUCAUUCAUUGAUGAUCAGCCUCACACAACUGACUGAAAAUCACCACUUCAUUAUUCAUCUUGUUCAAACAUUUUUCAUGCCGAGGAAAAAAACUAGAUUUUUAUCUCUUGUGUGACUGAGAAUUGUAGUUUUCUAGGUAAAUCUUUUGGGCUUUUGUAGACUAAUGUGAUCCAGGAAGUUGAGGGAAUAAUUUGGAUUUGUACAAUGUUUGGGAAAUGAUUCUUGAGAAACGUUUUGGCCUUUUUCAAUUUGAUAUGGGUAUAAUGUUUGAACAGUCUACAACAGAAAAGUGAGUAGUUAAAAAUGUUGCCUUAGAUAUUAUUAUUAAUUUAUAUUCCCAAGAGUUUUUACUGCCAUUUUCUUCCCCGUCAUCUUCUUCCAGUGCACAUUAAAUAGCUAGAAAAGUCAUGAAAGACAAUAACAGAAAGAAAAUUCAUCAUUUUCCCCCCUUACUCUCUCCUGAUUUAAUGCAUUUCUGCUGCAAGGAAACAAUCAAAUCGUACCAAUUGCCUCCAUUUCUCUUUGAUCUAAACUACCCCUGGAAGUGUAGUAGCUGCCAUCAAUUUCUGCUGGGAGCUGCUGUGAUGUCAUACUGCGUUCAUGGGAAUGGCAGAAAGGUGUCUUCUCAUGGCAGGGUUUACACUGCCUCAUGACAAUUCAAGUAUGUCAAAGAAAAAUGGAAACAAUAGAGGGAAAAGUCAUUGUUUCCUCCAUGUACCUACCCUAUUGCACGGAUGUCUACCUUUAUUUCUAAGAAGUAUCCAACCCUUCUGGUCUCCUGUUUUUCCAUUAUAACAAUUCACCCAUACAGAGUGCAGCAUUCUGCAUUGGGAGCUGUGUGAUAUGCCAGCUUCCUACUUGUGAUAACCUGCGAGGGAGUAACCAUUCCCACAGGGAAUCGCACAACACGUUUGCACCCUGAAACUGUCUUUUUUCGAAACUUGUCACUGCCUCCUUUGUUUUCCUUAGAACAAAAAUGUCAAGAUAAGUGCGAUUGCGCUACCCAUCAUUUUGAUGUUUCGACACAAAGGAAUGCCAACCUUCUGCUACUGCUGUUUGCUCCACUAGCCAUCUUGAAUAAGCCCACUUAAUAGCAGGAUUAAACUAACUGAAUGGAAUUUCCUUUCCUGACCCAAUGAUUCUUGACGUCAGAGGUCAGCAUGUAAAGGUGUGACUUCACAUUCAAAGCUCUCUGAUGAGAAGUAUAUGUCCAGGCUCUACAAAGACGUAGUUUUGUGUAGGAGGCAAAGGAUAUAUCUCAUACAAUUUUAUGUUUUGCUGUGAAGGCCAAUGGAUAUUGACCCAACUUUCUAAUUUUUCAGCUUCUACUGAAAAGCUUCGGGCACUUGUUCUGGCUGAAUCAAUGAUGUCUACUGUUGGUGAAGAGUGGUUGCUGGAUCACAAUCAUUUACCUGAUGAUCAAAAUCCAUUUCCAGUUGACAAGUAAUCUCUAUAAAUUUAGUCAAUUUUUUCACCCACAUGCCCAAAAUUCUAUGCUUUGACUUUUAUUUCUUAUUCUAGUUGUUUUCCUUCUUUUCUGCAGGUGUUUGAUGCUUAUUCUCGAGUCUACAAGGGUUGAAGUGGCAGUUGUUCUCAAUGAACUUGCCUACUUGAAGUACGAGGCCUCCAAGAGUUCUUCCACUGAACCAAUCGUUGUCAAACAAAUGAACCUGGCUCUUUUGUUUUCAUUACUAGAGAAGAUCAUCAGAUUAGUAUCAAAUGCCUGUGAAACUCAAGGUAGAAUUCAGCAAUGACUUGGUGGUUUUUUGGGUUGGUUGAACUUUAUGAAAUUUGAUGAUAAUUCUCAUAGGCACACUUUCUGAUAGAGAUUUUCUCUUUUAUUGAUUUAACCAGAUAGAUAUUCAUUUGAAGAACAUUUUGCAUCGGAAGAUGCAUAAAGGUUCUUAGGAGCCAGCUUCAUACUGACUUGUCAACCUAGUAAUUUCAUUCCAGAAAUGUGAUCCAAAGUUUUAUGUUCACGGUAGCAUCAUAAAGGGUCCAAGGAGAUAAUCUGAAAAGCUCCCAUAUGCCACCAUCAGGCCUUUUGCCACUGUAUGGGACUGGUUUAUUAUCAAUCAUUUGAAUUGAGAAAGGCUGAUGUCAAGGAAACCAAUCAUUUAAAUUUGCACCAUAGAUAUGUCAAUGAGAAUGUAAAAGAUUGUUAUCCAUACAUGCAAUUUUUUUAUGUCAAUUUGCACCAUACAUGCAAUUUUUUUAUGCACAUCUAUCCACGCUGGAAUUCCAUUGGAACUUGCUGAUAAUCAAGAGAUGUUCAGUUUUUUGUGCUAUGUAUUGUACAAGAGAACAAAGGAAUAUGUAGUGAUGGCAACAAGGUUCACAAAUUAACCAUUACCAGUUACCAAAUUGUAUGUAUUCUUCGAGGACUCCUCACUUGAAAGUCGUGACUAGAAUAAUGAGGUCCAUCAAGUUAUCACUAAGGAAUAUCCUGUUACUUCACAAGAUUGACGAAUUAGGUGACAGAAGGUCAACCCUAGGAACUGUAUAACUUACUUGAUGGCAACCUAGUCACAUGGAGUAGCCAGAAAACAUGUCCACUGGAUCUUGUGCUGCAGUUGAGUGUAUGAUGAUGACCCUCAUGCUUGCAGUUUCUGUUCAAGAAAUUGGUCUAAAGUCAGAAUAUCACGUUCUUAUCAUAUCCUAACAGCAAAGGCAUCGAUAUUGUCGACAGUCUUGUACGACAUGAUAAGACGAAGUAAAUAGAGGUAAAUAGACUUUUCAUCAAGGAAAUAUUGGCCACAAGAAAAGAAUGUGUUACAUAUGUUAAUUCAAGAGAUCAAGUUGUCACUCUGCUUACCAAAGGGCAGUUGAGGAACAAAUUCGCUGGAGCAUUUUGCAGGCUAAACCUAAGAGAUUGCUCAGCUUUAGCAAGUUAAGCAUAAGAAACAUCUAAAUCUUAUUCAAUGAAAUCCUAAAAAGAUGGCAUUAUGAGAUUCAAUGAUGUUUCUUUCUUAUCUUGAAUGUUUUAAUACUUCAACAAAGAUGUUGCUGUGUCUCUACUUAUCUAAUUUGUAAAAGCUGUUAUCCUUCGACCCUGAAAUUUCUGUUCAUAUUUUCUCAUUAUGGCAAAUCAUUGCGUAAAAAUUAUCCAGGUAGCCCAAUAAAUGAAAGGACUUGGAUGAAAGUGAUUGACGGGCUCAAUGAGACAACCAGUCUGGUUCUGGACUUCCUACACGAUGCACGGGUAAGUAAAAUCUGGAGGUUUUGAUUUUGCUUCUUACUUAUGUGUUCUUAAUCACCAAAUCUAAUCAACUAAUCUGAAUAAGAUGAAACUUUUCAGGAUCACGGGGAAAGAAAAGGAGACGAUCUUUUAGCUGCAGUACGAAUAAUUGGAAGGUAUAUGGGGAUAUCUACUAUUUUAUUUUAAAAUUCUCCGUGAACCAGUUGCUGUUGGUAAUCAAUUAUCUUCUUGUCAUUCCAGAUAUUAUAAUAUUCUUGUAUUGAAUCAUGUUUUCCUAUUUUCUAUUUAUUGGUGCAAUUUGCCUCAUAUUACCUGUCUUUCUUGCAAAUCAAUUUUAUAACAGUUAGUAUCGUUAACUUUAACUGGCAAGUGAUCAGAUCGGGAGAGGGUAACAGUCUGAGCUUUUUUAAAGAAAAGAAAGAAUAACUGCAGACAUAUAUGUGUAGCGAGACGACCCAUUUGGCAGAUCGGGAGUCAACAGCAGAGUAAAAGGGACAGGGCAGAAUGGACCCUGGCCGGCGGCCGGGUUCAAAGCUUAGCCCCAGAGAUCUCAGAAGAAUCCAGACAGAUCCCUUCCUUGCAGCUAGGCUGCUGGAAAUACUUGACAACUAAUGUCACCAUUUUCUGUUCCGUUGGGAGUAAAUUUAGCUUCAGGUUGACGGAUCUUCAUGUCAGCAUUUUCCAAUGCUUGUAGGUAUCUGGCAGAAGCCCCAUCGGCAUGCCGAGAGAAGAUCAAAGACCUAUUGGAGUAUAUACUUUCGAUUGAAGGUGGAGAAGAGUCGAGGUAUCCUUAACCAUCUCUGUGGACGUUUAUCUUCUAAUGACUUGUAUUCAUAUGAGCUGAUUAUGUUCAAUAAUAUGCAGCCCCUUUUCUUCUAUCCAAUUUAUGCUUCCAAUGCUGUGCCAGUGGACAAUGGAUAUUGACGGAUGCAAUGUCUUGGCUUCGUUCGGAGGGCAUAAAGCUGUAAGUUUGGCUCGUUACAGAUUUUUAUGCAAGUUUAGACCCCAACCAUACAUAGAAUCCACAUGCGUUAGUCCAUCUCUCUAGUAAUCCCUAUGCAUUAGUACUAGACAAAAGAAACCCUAGCUACCACUAAAUUUCUAGCUUGGUUCUGAGGGUAGAAAUGGAGUGAGAUCAUAUCAUGGGUGCUUGCUCUCUCUCUCUCUCUCUCUCUCUCUCUAGAUAUAUAUAUAUAUAUGGAUAUAUAAUGGUUUAAUGAUUCUGUACGACUUGUUCCCACACUGAGGUAGAUCAGUUUUUCUAUUUUAUAUUGACUGAGUUGCCUUAGUAAAAAAAUAAAAAAAAAUUUAAAGAAAAGGGCAUUGAUGUUGAGCUUUCUCUAUGGAAUUGUGUGAAUCAUAAUUUAAUGUAAUUUGGUCUUUUCACCUUUUUGGUUUCAACGCUUUACCCGGCCAGAUGAGAUAUCAAUGUACUUUUGUCUGUAUAUAUAUAUAUAUAUAUAUAUAAACAUGAAGGUAAUAUAUCUUCAUCUUCUUUCCAUCUAAAUCAGACUUCUCUGGCUUAUUCGGCCCAUCCAAGUCAGGCAUCCAUUCCAUUUGGGGUAUCAUCAGUAUUCCCAUAAGAACUGAAGAUAUUGAAGUCAAACAUAUUCAGAACUGUGCACAUCUCUCCCUCACUUAUUAUCAUUGGAAUCAAACUUGCCAAAUGAGUAUCUAGUAUGAUGCGUUGACCACAGUUCAUGAAUAAAUAUUGCCAAAAAUGUUCUAUGGGAUUUUCUUCUUAUAAACAGGUUGCAGAAUUCCUUGCGAGAGCAAUCAUGCAGGAUCGAAGAACAUGCGAUGAUGAUGGUACAAUGUUCUUGGCAUGUGACGCCAUCAUGAACGUACUCCUAAAUGUGAGCGAUCUACGGUUUUCAUGAUUGACCUUCUUCGACUUUCUUUAACAGCCCAGUGUUCUUUUAUGUCUAGAGAGAGAAAAUCCAGUCUCAGCUCGACGGAUCCCACUUUGUCUGCGUCUUGCAACCCUUGGCAUCGUGGGCAGGUAUGACAAAAACUGGCUCACACUCUUUGUGGAUUCUAUAAAAAGAAAUAGGUAUGAAAUAAAUGGUUUAUCUGAAAUCCUCAAGGGGCAUCUUGGUAGAUCGGCCUGAGAUUGAUCAUAUUAGGAGGGUCCACCAAAAUAGGCCGAUUCUCCGUGGAUUUAUCGGUCAAUCGCUCGAAACCCUCAGACCGAUGGUUCAGAGGGCUGCAUUGGUGGGUUAAGAGGUCUUGGGUCACUCGAUUUGUUCAUUCUUCUACAUAGAUUCUAUUAGUCCGCCCUUCCCUCUCCCCUCAUUUUGAUUCAUCUCAGGAGAGCCGACCCUCUGGAAAAUCUCCUCCAUCCCAGCUUCGUCCCUGAUCUUUAAUUCUCUCCAGCACUACAGCCCUUCUCUCUCUCUCUCUCUCUCUCUCUCUCUCUCUCUGUCUCUCCAUCUAUCUCUCUCUAUCUAUCUAUCUAUCUUGCUGAUGGCUUCCAUGAAAAUCUGGGUUAUUACUUUUCUCCGCGUAGUAUAACACUGAUUAUCAGUUUUCACUUUCAGAACACCAGAAAAUUAUGGGCAAUGAGAACAGUGAUUUCAUUACACCGGAAGCUAUGUAGUUCGUUGGGCUUAGCUAAUUUAAUUUGGCUUGCUCUACGACGUAAAUCCAAUUUGGAGGCGACUCGGGCCAACACGGCCCGGGAGAAUAUAAUUAAAUUUUUUUUUUAGAAUUAUUUUCACAGUGCUGGGAAUUCAUAUCGAUUACUAUUUAUAUGCCCUCGAAGUAAUUAUUUUUAUGUGCGUCUGAUGUAGAGGCGAACAACGAGGACGGAUCCGUCGUAAUGAUGGCGUCGAGCAUCUGCUCGCUGGUUCUCGACUUGACGUCCGAGGAAGCCCUCCUGGCUCAGCGCCACGUCGAUCGUGCUUCGCUCGAACGGCUUUCCCAACUAGUCGCUAGAAGCUUGAGCCCAUCCACGCAGGUCCCAACACCCCUCCCCUGCUUGCAACUCUUCCCUCUCUUAUCGGCGACGAUGUCCACGUCGACUCACCCCAGGUCAUCCUUUUCCCCGUGCCAGCUCGGAGGUGAUGACGUCAACAAUCACCAGGACCUCCACCAAAUCGUCUCCUCUGGUCCGCCUCUCUCUCUCUCUCUCUCUCUCUCUCUCAUCCGCCUCUUUUUGGAAUGUGGCCCAUUUUUCUCUAUAUUUCUAUUUAUAGGUUACCUACGGUGGGGCGCCCGCUUCCCGACGCUGAGAAGGCUUAUCGAAGGGUCUCGGACUGGCACGCUCUAA